AUGUCCUCUCCAGCCACUACGCCCGAGGAUGUCCUGGAUUUCUGGUUUUCUCUAGCUCCUGAGGAGCACUUCAAAGUGAAUCCGGAGUUAGAUGAGAAGAUUCGCGCUAAGUUUAGCCAGUUGCACGAUCAGGCAAGUGCUGGACAAUUGGACUGCUGGAAAGAUGGUGUUGAGUCAUGCCUGGCACUGACUAUUAUUCUGGAUCAGUUUUCCAGGAACAUGUUCCGUGGCUCAGGCGAUAUGUAUGUCAAUGAUGUGUUGGCGUUGGCCGUGGCCAGCCAUGCUCUAGAACAGGACUAUCACAGGUGCCUCCCAGUACCACGUGCAAGUUUCUUUUUCUUGCCAUUCAUGCACAGUGAGGAAAUGAGUGAUCAGCACAGGUGCGUCCAACUCUACCGUGCUGAGUGUGACACAAACGGAGCAGCUCCUGCUGCUUCGCUCGACUUAGCUAUAAGGCAUAAGUACAUAGUGGAGCGCUUUGGCAAAUUUCCACAUCGCGAUGCGCUACUGGGCCGCAAGUCGACAGCAGAAGAAUUGGAGUUUCUCACUCAGCCUGGAUCGUCUUUCUGA